AUGUCGAGUGCUGACAGAAUUGAUUUUGAAAUGGAAGUAGAGGUGGAAAGUGCUUCAUCAGGGCCGGCUGUGGAUCCUCCUAACCCCACAUCUCCAGCGCCUGCUGCACCAGGUUGCACUAAGAGCGUCGUGGUUACCACGGCCACUUCAGGAUCUGUAACUGUGUCUUUGCAUCCACUCGUAAUAAUGAAUGUGUCUGAACAUUGGACAAGAUUGCGAGCGCAAGAAGGAUCACCACAGAUUGUUAUUGGAGCACUAAUUGGCAAACAGAAAGGCAGAAACAUAGAAGUCAUGAAUUCAUUUGAAUUAAUGUUCAGUGUUAUUGAGGGCGAUAUUUUAAUUGAUAGAGAUUAUUAUAAUUUAAAGGAGGAACAAUUCAAACAAGUAUUCUCUGAUAUGGACUUCUUGGGCUGGUACACUACAGGAGAUGCUCCCACUGACAAAGACAUAGCCAUUCAUCGUCAGAUCUGUGAAAUCAAUGAGUGCCCAGUCAUGCUGAUGCUCAACCCAGCAGGAAGGAAUGGAGAUCAACUGCCGGUGGUAUUAUAUGAGUCCGUAAUUGAUGUAGUUAAUGGACGAGCGACAAUGCUACUGGCUCCUCUCACAUACACGCUGGCAGCAGAAGAAGCAGAAAGAAUUGGUGUGGAUCAUGUAGCCCGAGUGUCUUCAGGUGAAGCCGCUCUUAACAGCUUAGUGGCUGAGCACCUAACGGCGCAGCGCUCUGCUAUAAAGAUGUUAGUAUCUCGAGUGCGUGCCGUGCUGGCGACGGUGCGUGCGAUCCGUGACGGCACUCUGCCGCCGCGGCCAGCUCUACUGCGGGAAGCGCGCGCACUCUCCAACAGACUGCCUCUGCUCACUUCACAACAGUUCCGCACACACUUCUAUAAUCAAUGCAAUGACGUCGCGCUGAUGACGUACCUGGGCACAAUAACAAAGGGCUGCAAUGCCAUCAACCAGUUAGUGAACAGAUUCAACGUACUCUACGACAGACAGGGCAUGGGUCGCCGCAUGAGAGGACUAUUCUUUUAG